AUGGUCCUUCGACCUGUCACCUCCCCAUUCACAUCGGAUUUUGAUACUUUGGUCCAUGAACAGCUCCAGAAAUGGAAGGUCCCCGGCCUCACGAUCGCCAUCGUUCAUGGCUCUAGCACUUACUCGAAGGCUUACGGUAUGGCCUCAUUCCCAAACAAACCCAUGACGCCCGACGCGCUCUUCUCCGCCUGCAGCACCACAAAAGCAUUCACCGCCGCCGCAGUAUCCCUGGCCAUCGACGACAGCCGAAACACAACAUCGCCAAUAUCCUGGACGACGCCUCUCUCAUCCAUCAUCCGAGACGACUUCGUCCUAGCCAAUGAAUCCGCCACGAACAACACCACGCUCGAAGACGCCCUCUCCCAUCGCGCAGGUCUCCCAGGCCACGAACUCGCCAUGAUGAUGGCCGAUCCGAGGGAGAUUCUACGGCAUGAGGUCCGGAAACUGAGAUCCUUGGCCUUGUCCGAUGCGCCGCGCACGGUGUUCCGGUAUUGUAACCACAUGUACAUGGUUGCUUCUUAUGCGCUUGAGAAAUUGGCAGGGAGAGGAUUAAGUACCGUGUUGAGAGAACGGAUCUGGAGUCUGCUCGGUAUGCACGAUACGUAUUUCAAUAUCCACGAGGCUAGGAAGAGUCCUGGGGCUAGGGAAAGGCUGGUCACGGGGUAUACCUACGUUCCGGAGAAGGAGAGUUACGCCGCUGAGCCACAUCUGGAUUAUGCGCCUACGACCGGUGCCGGAUCUAUGGUUAGCAAUGUCCUGGAUUAUGCCAAGUGGGUGCGUUCGUUGAUUUAUCGCACCGGACCGAUGUCUAACGAGGGGUAUACGGCUCUGUUCACGCCACGUACCAUUAUUGCAACCUCUGGGUCUGGGUCCGAGGAUGGGAUCUUCUUCCCGGAUGCGAACGUGCCGUAUCAUCUGUAUGCGUUGGGGUGGUUUGUGGAUCAGGUCUGCGGUGAGAGGUUCUAUUGGCAUAGUGGGAGCUGGCCGGGGUUUGGAAUCAUGGUGGGAUUGAUUCCGGAGAGGGAAUGGGGUUUCGCAAUGAUGGGGAAUGCGGUUGAUGCGAGGCAUGUGGAGAGGGAGUUAUAUUUAUAUCUGAUUGAGAGGUUGGUGGGCUGUUCGUCACCGUCACUGUCGGACAGACCAAGUGCGCAGAAGCAAGCGGAAAGGUCAAGGUCAGAGAGUCUGGCUCAGGCAAAAUGUCGACUCUAUCCGAUCCUCCCGGCUUCACCGAUCCCGCAUUCUCUUCCAUUGCGGGAAUAUGCGGGUGUUUACAGUCACCAAGGGUACGGGUCCUUCGAGCUGGUUGUGGAAGGUGGGAAAUUGGUGGCGGAUUUAACGGACCGGGUAGGAAGGCUACGAUUCCUACUGGAGCAUGCGAGUGGCGAGUUCUUUGUUUGUGCUGCGUAUACCCCUGAGAAGGGCCUGUCGUUGGGGGAGAAGUUUCAAACGGAGUUUUAUGUUGAUCUGAGUGGAGUGGUGGCGAGUAUGGGAUUGGACUUGGAGCCUGCGUUGGGAGGAGAGAAGAUCUGGUUCGAGAGGGAAAUUGGCUGA